CCCUCUGACCUCCAAUCCAGGCUGGAUAUUUGACACCCCACUUCCCAGCCUGGGACGAACCCCGGAUAGGGAGGAGCAAGGCGCUGGCUCUUGGGGGUGCUGCCGGGGUACAGCAUCACAGCAGCCGGAGGGGAGAGCCCCCGGCACUCAGAUCCCCCUGAUAUUUUUUGGGGGGAUUUACCUUAGCCAUCCGGGCUCAGCCUCAGGACCCCCCCAGCUGGGAGGUCGGAACCAGCAUGGACGGCUGAGUCGUGGCGUUAGCCAGCUUGGCCCCCCCCAACCCCGACCUGAGCCCAGACCCCCGCCCAGCCGGACACUCCUGAAGGUUUAUGGCUUGCUGGAACCAAAGCGUGAGCCGGGCCCCCUGACAGUGCCAUGGAGCGCCUGCUGCUCUACGCCCUGGCCCUCUGCCUGGGCCCCUCCCAUGCCCAGCUGUGCCCCCCCCGCUGCACGUGCCAGAACCUGUCCCCCUCGCUGGCCGUCCUGUGCGCCCGCGCCGGGCUGCUCUUCGUGCCCGGGCUCCUCGACCGGCGCACGGCCGAGCUGCGGCUGACGGACAACUUCAUCGCGGCCGUGCGGCGCCGGGACUUCGCCAACAUGACGCGCCUGGUGCACCUGACCCUCUCCCGCAACGCCAUCCGCCAGCUGGUGCCCUUCGCCUUCGCCGACCUGCGCGGCCUGCGGGCCCUCCACCUGGACGGCAACCGCCUGCCGGCCAUCGGGGCCCAGCAGCUCCGGGGCCUGCCCAACCUGCGCCACCUUAUCCUGGGUAACAACCAGCUGCAAGCCGUGGCGCCCGGCGCCUUCGACGACUUCGCCGGCACCCUGGAGGACCUGGACCUGUCCUACAACAACCUGGCCCGGCUGCCCUGGGAGACCAUCCGUCGCCUUAGCAACGUCAACUCCCUCAGCCUGGACCACAACCUCAUCGCCCACGUGCCCCAAGGCGUCUUCGCCAACCUGCACAAACUGGCCCGGCUGGACAUGACCUCCAACCGGCUGAAGAAGAUCCCCCCGGACCCGCUUUUCCUCCGCCUGCCCGUCUACGCCAAGUCGAAGGGCUCGCCCCUCUCCUCCCUGGUGCUCAGCUUCGGGGGUAACCCCUUGCACUGCAACUGCGAGCUUCUCUGGCUCCGGCGCCUGGCGCGCGAGGACGACCUGGAGACCUGCGCCUCGCCGCCCGAGCUCCUGGGCAAGUACUUCUGGAGCGUCCCUGAGGAGGAGUUUGUCUGCCAGCUGCCCGUCAUCACCCACCACACGGGCCGGCUGGUGGUGACGGAGGGGCAGGCGGCCACCUUGCGCUGCCGCGGGGCGGGCGACCCCGAGCCGGCGGUGCACUGGCUGUCUCCGGAGGGGAAGCUGGUGGCCAACGGCUCCCGGACGCUGGCCUACGAGAACGGCAGCCUGGAGAUCCUGGUGGCCGCCGUCCAGGACGCCGGCGCCUUCACCUGUGUGGCUUCCAACGCUGCCGGCGAGGCCACCGCCUCCGUGGAGCUGCAGGUCAGCCCCUUGCCCCAGCCCGCCGACGGCACCCGCCCCCCAGCACCCGGGCCCUCCGAUAUCCUCACCUCGGCCAAGGCGGGCGCCAACGGGAGCGCCGCCCCGCGAGACGGGGGGGUCCUGGCCUCCGAGCUCUCGGCGUCCUCCGUCCUCAUUCGCUGGGUCCCGCCACGGCCCGGGCCCAGCGUCCGCAUGUACCAAAUCCAGUACAACAGCUCCUCCGACGAGACCCUGGUGUACAGGUGA